AUGGCUGAGGAUCAUAUGAAUCUAUCAAUAAACGGCCAGUCUCAAGUUCCUCCGGGCUUUCGGUUCCAUCCGACUGAGGAGGAGCUUCUCCAUUACUAUCUGAGGAAGAAAGUGGCCUUUGAGAGGAUUGAUCUUGAUGUGAUUCGAGAAGUUGAUCUCAAUAAGCUUGAGCCAUGGGAUAUUCAAGAGAAGUGCAAGAUAGGUUCCACCCCACAAAACGAUUGGUACUUUUUCAGUCACAAAGACAAGAAGUACCCGACCGGAACUCGAACCAAUCGGGCAACGGCUGCCGGGUUUUGGAAGGCCACAGGGCGGGACAAGAUCAUCUACAGCGGCUUUAGAAGAAUUGGGUUGAGAAAGACGCUUGUGUUUUACAAGGGAAGAGCUCCUCAUGGGCAAAAGUCGGAUUGGAUCAUGCAUGAAUAUAGGCUUGAUGAAAGCAACACCCAUGACAACACCGUUUGUAAUUCAAUGGCCGAGUCAAUGGCCGAAGAUGGGUGGGUGGUAUGCCGAGUAUUCAAGAAGAAGAAUUAUCAGAAAGCCUUAGAGAGCCCUAAAGCCUCCUUCUCCAUGGAAUCAUCAAGCAACCAAAUACACAGUUCCAGAAACGAUGGGGUGCUUGAUCAGAUACUCAUGUACAUGGGAAGGACUUGCAAGCUCGAAAACCAUGACCAAUCCUUGAAUAACUUAUCAGAAAGAUUUAUGCAUCUCCCAAGGCUCGAGAGCCCAACCCUUCCAACUUUUGAUCAGGACCGUAGCUUCAAAGCUUGCUACCAGGCCAUUGAUGAGAUGCUCAUAGACACUCCUUCAACAAACCAACCAAGUAAUGGUUGUGACAAUAAUGACCCAGUUGAAGAUCAUGAUGAGUACCCCAAAACCAGGCUAAAUGACUGGGCUACCCUUGACCGCCUUGUGGCAUCUCAGCUGGGUCAACUCAACGGCCAAGAUCAAGAGACAUCAAAGCACAACCUGUCAUGCUUUGGUGAUCCAAACAUGGCCUUUUGUUCUUCUCCUCCACAUGAUCAUGAUCAUGACCAUGACGUACAACUAUCAUAUCCAUACCUACGUACAAGUAGAUCCCAUCACCAAUCUGAAGUCUACAGCAACGAGAAUGAUCUUUGGAACUUCACCAAAUCGCCUUCAUCGCCGUCGUCGUCAGACCCACUGUGCCACUUGUCGGUAUAA